AUGACCACCAGUGAAGGAAGACAAAACCUUGGCCAGUCGAUCGACGGAAGAAACCCUGUGCAGGACGCAUCAGAUGGUCGUGGAGGAACCGAACCCCACCCUCAGGCUGGGCCCAGCUCUCGCUACGGUAUCAUCCGCUUGCUUUUUCUAACUUCGUUCAUCUUACAUAGCGCAGUAUACUACCGCCUGUAUACCCAAGAGGAACCAAUCAAAUCAAACAAUCCUAUCUAUUCCAACAAUCCUUUCAUCAGCCGCAUAAUUCCUAGAUCGGUGCCACCACCGCGUACCGCCGCAUCGCUGAAGAGACAUCUCUGCAAGAUCGAAGGCUUUUCAGCGCCCGAAAGCUGCACCUUGUAUUUAUCUCUCUCGGAAAACGUACCCGUGGAUGGUGGUACUCGUCUUUCUCUUCAAGGGGAAUUGGGGCCAGGAAAGUGGGAAGCGGUGUCCGGCGUCAAUCGAGACAAGGGCAUUGGGCGAGGUUGGGGAACAGGCCAAACACGUUAUGUUUAUUACCGCAUUUACGACGAGAACGGUGAAGUCACCUCGAAAAUGUCCUUCAAUGAAGAUGAUACCUCACUGGGCCGCAUCGAGAUCCUAUCCAUUCCACCCCCUCACACCGUCGCUUCUUUAAAGUCUUGCAUAACUAAAUCUGAAGGGGUUUCGGCUCAUGAUCUUCAAGUGUUUGAGGAUGACACCAGAGAAAUUACCAUGAAGGAUGAGGGUAUAAUUGCCCUUUUUGCUGACGCCUAUCCAGGUAAUGCGGAAGAGCAACCCAUCGCCAUUGUGUACAAGGAAACUCAAACAUCGAAUCCUGGGACUUUUGCAAAGAAGUUUAGAUGCAAGUGCCCUCAGAGUGUGUGA